AUGGAAGCAGCCUCCACCCACAAACCUGCCUACGACCGCCUCGCCGAGCUCAAGUCAUUCGACGAAACCAAAGCAGGGGUGAAAGGCCUAGCAGAUGCAGGAAUCACUCACCUCCCUCGAAUCUUCCACGCCCCGCCUCAUCUCCUCGACAACAUCUCACCGUCCGCCGCCGCAUCAGAUCCCCAUCACCACCACCAUCAUCCCAAUUCCAUCUUCCCCAUCAUAGACCUGGAAGGCGCCUCUCAGGAUCCGGCCAAGCGAAACGCGAUAGUGAACAAGUUAAGUGAGGCAUCAGCCAAUUGGGGAUUUUUCCAGAUCGUGAACCACGGAAUCCCGUUGACCACCCUCGACGAGAUGAAAUCAGGGGUCCGCAGGUUCCACGAGCAGGACGCGGAACAGAGGAGGCAGUUCUACACCCGCAAUUUCAGCAGCAGGAUCGUCUACAACAGCAACUUCGAUCUCUACACCGGACCGGCUGCCAACUGGCGGGACACGGUCUCUUUCAACAUGGCUCCCGACCCACUCAAGCCCGAGCAGCUGCCGACCGUGUGCGGGGAAAUCGUGGCAGAGUACUCUGCGGAAGUGGUGAAAUUGGGGGAUUUGCUGUUCGAAUUGUUGUCGGAGGCUCUGGGUUUGCGUUCGAAUUACUUAAAAGAUUUGGAUUGCGGGAGAGGGAUUCAGAUGGUUUGCCAUUACUAUCCGGCGUGUCCUCAGCCGGAGCUCACUCUAGGAGCGACCAAACAUGCCGACAAUGAUUUCAUCACGGUGCUGCUUCAGGACCAUAUUGGUGGGCUGCAGGUUCUUCAUCAGGGGAAGUGGAUUGAUGUGCCUCCGUUGCCUGAGGCUCUGGUGAUCAAUAUUGGGGAUUUUCUUCAGCUGAUUUCCAACGACAAGUUCAUAAGUGUGGAGCACAGAGUGCUGGCGAACAGCAGGGGACCGAGGGUAUCGGUGGCUUGCUUGUUUGGGACUUACCUUUUCCCCAAUCCGAGGAAGUAUGGUCCGAUCGAGGAGCUGCUGUCGGCAGAGAAUCCGGCUAAGUAUAGGGAAACCACGACGGCAGAGUAUGUCUGUUGUGGGAAUGAUAAAGGGCUUGAUGGGAGUUCUACUUUGUUGCAGUUCAAGCUCUGA